UUGUCAUUGUUUUUUCCUUUUAUUGAGCAACAGUCAUUUAAACACGAGAGUCACGCACUUUGGUGUGUCAACCGAUGAUUUCGCCGACAUUUUGUGAGAAAAGGAGAGGCGAGUGACGUUGAGUAGACAAGAAGCUUUUGUUUUGUUAGAUGAUAAAGCAUUUGUUGGGGUAAUUGGGGGGUAGUAAUGACGUCUAGACGUCCGAUGAAGAGGCUCGGGGGUCUCAGGGGUGCGACACAGGCCGAAAUACUCCGGGCGCACCAGAGGGACGACGAAUUCGUCAGGGGAUUGAGGGAGAAAUUCCUGGAUUUAUUGCACAAUUUCGGGGGAUACAGAACACUUCUGCCGUUCAUUCAAUCGAAUGUUCCGUUGAAAUUGUUGUAUUUUGGAUUUACCUCGGGGAUGGGGAAUCAAACACUGGGAGAGGAGUAUACGGGCAUUAUUCAGGCUGAUCUGGCGGCACGUACGGUGCCUUCGUUAAGUGCGAGAGUUCUAGCGGCCGUGUUAGAAUGUUUCGGAGAGCGAGGCUUGCUCACCCUCUUAGAAAAGCUAAAAAAAAGCGUAAAUCACCCCCACAGCGAACUGCAACCCGAGGCAGUGAUUUUCCUAAAUUCUCUCAUCGAUAGACUAAAAACAGCGAUCCCCCUGAUGAUCCUCAUUCACAAGGGGUUGUUUUACAUUUACGGACGGUAUUACAGCUGGGGGCGGCGACUGACGGGCGUGGACUAUGCCAAGGUUUACGGAAAGAGACCGACCGACGGCGUCAGUUGGGGGUUGAGACUCCUUGGUCUGGCGACUCUUGCCCAAUGCGCUCUGAAAGUCUACCGUGGAGAGGAGAAAAUUAAUGGGAAUGAAUCAUUACCCAAAGAAGAAGAGGGAAAUAAAUGUCAGCUCUGUCUAGAGACAAUUCCAACCACAACGACUCCAUGCGGUCAUUUAUUCUGCUGGAAUUGUCUGGGCGAUUGGCUCAGGACACGAUCUCAAUGCCCAUACUGCAGGGAGCACGUAAUCCCAUCCAGAAUCGUGCACCUCAUGAAUCUGUGAUGGCAAUCCAACAAUCUGGGUCUUAAAUUUUAAAAAAGGAUUAACUACUUGAGGAAGUAACAAGCAUAAUAUAUUUUUUAUAUACAAAAAUAUCAAGUUU